AUGUCUCUGGGUGUUGCGAUAGUGGAGCGCAUUCCAGAGCUAGAAAUCGGGAAAAUGCCCUUCUCUCUCCCCUCCCUCGGCCCCGGGGAUUCCGGAGAGGAAUGCAACUGCGGAGUGGUAUAUCCACGCCGAUGUGGAGGACGAGUUGAUGGGAUGGGCCCAGGAGGGACAAAUUCCCUGAGUUCGGGCUCAUCGUAUGGGCCUUUGCGAUGCCCUUCCCCGGCCCCUUUGCCCUCACACAAUCGAUAUGUGGCCGUCAGCCUUCUGCCUGCCGGCCUUCAUCAUACCGUCUAUUGCGUAGUACAGAGCAAGAGUCCAGUUGGGGAUGUAUGGGAGCAGAUGUGCCGGUUUCUUGGGAAUCCAGAUCCCAAUCCCUUCGGCCUGGGGAUCGAAAUAGAUAACGAAUUCCUUUUUCUGGAGUUGGAUUCUAAGCUCCUCAAGUACGCUUCGAAGGCGUGGAGGAAUUCUAGUCGUAAUGGGUUGGAUACAGACAACCAGCCUUUGCUCACUCUCCAUCUCCGAAUUCAGUAUUAUAUGGACUGGCAUUUCCUUCGAUGGGAUCGGUUGGUUCGGGAACAUUAUUACCAUCAGCUGCGCUUGAAUGUCAUGCAAGGCCGGUUGAGUGGAUGCCUGUCAGGGGAUGGGAUGGGAGAGAACGCGGCUCAACCUUUCCUCCUUGCAGGCUAUGCCCUUCAGGCUGACUUAGGACCCUAUUGCUCCAGGGUCCAUCGAGGUGCCUACUUCGACCCCCAGCUCUACUUCCCACCACACAUAUUGUCAAGUCUGGGGACAUUGCACGUGCUUGAGCAGAGCACCCGGGUGCAUAAGAAUCCAGCAGUGAGUCAGUUGACUCGAUUGGAGGCUCAGCUGGCAUACCUGAGGGAAGCUUCCAGACCUCCGAGUCCCUACAACAUGUGCCUAUUCUCCCUUCGAACUGGACGAUCGGUUCAUUCUCAUUCGGCUCUUCUGGGCCUCUCUGCCAACGGGCUUACAAUUUUCCAGGAAAAAGCAGCUGGGGAAGAUAAGUAUGAAGUAACUGCAGAGCUGAGCUGGCCCAGCAUCAUGAAGCUUUCGUUCGAGAAAAAGAAAUUUGAAGUUCGAACCGGCAGUGAGAAGUAUACUUUCUGGGCCAGCAAUGAAAUGAAGGCUCGCCUCUUGCUUUCCCAUUGUCGUCGAACUCAUCAGUUCAGCAUGGGACUGCAGUGCAAAAGCCCCUCACAUUCUUCAGGAGACUCAACAAGCAGCUCAUCCAAUGAACAACAGGGAGAAAAGCGGAAAAAAUCCAUCGUCGGAGACUGUAAUUCAACCAAGACUAAAUGCUCUUCAACUCCCUCUAAGUCAGAGCCACCUCCUGAGAAAAAUGUCAGUUCUGGAGACAAAUUGCCCCUACCCAGCCCAUUAAAAGAUGACAACUCAUGUGCACACAAAUCCAAAACUGGAAAUAAUGGAAAGGGAUCAGAAUGGAGCAGUCGAAGCAGCAGCCAAAUGUGCAUCCCAGCAAGUGUUGCAGAUGCUGGUGCAAAUCGAUCAAGGACUAAGAGCACAGGAGAGACUGAAAAUGCUGGUGACGUUCAGAAGAAUCCUUCAACAAGUGAAGGAAAUACAAAUGGAGAGGGAGGAGGUGAAGAGACAAAGGGGAAUGUUUGUAGUCACUGUGGCACACUCUUGGAUGUUUGCGAUGAGGACGCUUGCAAUGGUGGCUGGAUUGACAGAGAGGUGUGCGUUCAGUGUGCCGCUGCUGAUCACAUCUGUGACUGCGAUCUCAAUGGCACCUAUCAGUGUGAAAACAUGUGUAUGAAAACUCCUUGUGAUUCGCUUGGCUGUGUCAUCGACAGUAUGCUUGAGAGAGAAGACCCUGAUGACCUUGCAACAGUCAGCAAUCGCAUUCAGUGUGUGGUCAACUGCCACUGCUGCUCAGAGCAGGAUGAUGAAGAAGAAGUGGGAGAAGUGACUGGACAGGAGGACCCUGUACUCAAAACUUCUGGUUCCAUAGAACAAAAAGUGAGUAAAGAUGGUGCUAAAGACUUGAAUGGAGGAGAAGGAGCAUAUGUGGACUUCUUGAACAGAAGUCAGCAAUCACAAGGGGGAAUUGGGAUCAACGAAGCCUCCCUUCCCAUCCCGGUAUCCACAUCUUCAAAUCCACAACCUCAGGGAGAGUCCAAGGAUAAUCUAUUGGACUCGAUGUUGGAGUCACCCAAAGUGCCAUCAGGGAACAAGUCUGGCAGCAGCUGGUCCCUGUUGCGUUCCCUGAGGAAGGUGUCUUCAAAACGUACAGACAGGACUUCAGAAAUUCAUGUUGAGACUGAAGAAGCUAGUGCAGUGUUCAUCAGUGCUAGGCCUCCAAUCAAUGUACAGACAGCUCAAUCCAUCACAAUUUCCAGCUCUGGUCCUCGGUUUGCAAUGCUUUGCAGUGGAUCCACAACUCCACAGCAGCAACCCCCCCCACCACCCCCUCCACCACAAAUGAUGAACUCUAACAUUCAACCUCCAAUUGGUUCAAACAACUACCUGAACCUACCUCUGCACAGGUGGUCAUCAAAAGUGGAGGUCUCUGAAGCAUCCACUGUCUACUCCAGACAGAUGGAGCAGUUCCAUGCUCAGCUGUAUUCUGAUGUGGACUAUGUGAUCUAUCCACAAAAAGACCCUGAGCUGAGUCGACAGGAGUACAUGGAUGCCAAACGUGCUAGCCUCAUCGCCCUCAGUGUUCAGUCAUCUUCCUCUGGGCGAUUGUCCUGGGGCAAUUGCCCAACUGCAACAAUGACCACAAGCAGCUAUGGUAGCCUGGGAAGCUUUGGGAGUCUUGGAAGCCUCAGCAGUUGUAAUACCCCUUCCAGGGCUAGCUAUUGUCCUGUGGCUUGUAGUGAUAGUGGAUAUGGGCCAUCAUCUUCUGCUCCAUCUGCCCCUUCCUCUGAAUUGUAUGAACCCAUUGCAGUUACAAGAAUUAGAGCCCAGUCCACUGAUAGUCUCAAUGCUGUACCUCCAUCUCUUCCACCACGACCCAAGAAGAAUACAAAUGUGGGACUGAGUGCCAAUGAUCUUAGUCGCUUGGAACGACAUAGCAAGACAGGAGAUCUUCCAAUGAUUUCAGCCCUGUUGUCAGCUUUCCAUAGGACUCAGGUGCCGAAAGAAGAGCCAACAAUGACACCAUCCCCUCCAGGAUCUCGACCAGUGUCAUGGCAUGCAUCACUCUCAAACCGUCCUCUUCCUGCCCCCCCAGUGCCUGCAAGGUCCUCGCACCCUCAUCACAUACAAAGCCCUUCAAAUUCAACUACCAACACCAACACAAGCAGUUCCAGUCGCAAGCAGAGCCUCAAUCUGCCAUUCCCAAAAUAUGGGAAGAACUCAUAUCCCAUCAGUCCGAAUCGGAAACCAGGCACAACAAGAGGCAACAAUGUAAAGUCAAAGAAGUUAACUGUGAACAUGCUGUCACCACCCCACAUUCAUGGACAUUUCCCACCCCGCAAUCAGUCUCUUUUAUCCUCCUGAGGAGUUUUGCACUUACAGAGACUGAGUGUCUCCCAUUCCACUGCUCAUUGUGAUAUCCUACCUCAAGGAAAUGGUUCUGUCUCCAUGCAUAGUGCCAUCUGAUGACACACACACACACCCAUCUGAAGCCUAAACCCCCAUUCUGUGAUCAUGGCUUUCUCUCUUCAGUGCCAAGGGGAUCUAGCAGGGAUGAGGUUGUGGUUUCUUUGUAUCAGGGUUGCAUUGUGUCAUAAAGUGAGAUGCUUUAGUGCAUUUACUUUCCAUGGUUUCCCCUCCAUGACGAAGGUACAAAACUCCUGUAUUUUGUUCUUGUAUCUUCAGCCUUCUUUCUUAAUCUGUGCUGCAGUCUUGACUCAUGUCCUCUUAUCUCCAGGAGUUCAGAUACAGAAAUCAGUUGAACAGAGUGCUUGCUUUUGUUGCUUUCCCUGCCUGGUGACUUUGAAUUUUAUUGCUUCAUAUUUUUAUGCUUCGUUUUCUGCAGGUGUGUGAAUUUCCUAUGAUUGCUCAAGUAUUUAUAAAAAAAAUUUUGGAAGCAACAAGUUACUUUUGAA